AUGGUUACCCGAUGGCUCGCCACCACCCCUAUUAGAUUCGCUGCUUUCAUCACAUUGGUGUGGGUAUUUCUGCCACGACCCCUGGAGUGCAGAAGGGGACCGAGUGAGAACUCAUUCCUCCCUUUGUUGUCAUCGCUUUCUUGGCAGAACGUCGCUCAUAAUUUUGAAGCCAGCAACAGUCUCACGGUGUUUUGGGGUAUUAUAGUUAAACAACUUUGUUUCAUCCACGCAUCAAUCGGCCCCCUUUCUUCACCCGCCAAGGCGCUGCAGCUUCAGCUUUGGCACCGUCUACGCUUCCAGCUUGCGCGCCUUGCCAUCGUCCUAAGCAUCCGGACAGCACGUCGAAUGCCCUGCGUGGCCCCACUUCCUCUGUAA